UAUUUUUUCUUAGUGCUUUAAACUUCACAUUUCAAGAAGAGAGAAUGAAAAUAGCUCUAACCCCUCCAGAGCUCCUCCACUGGCCAGCUUCUCUUUUUACUUUCUCUGUGGAAGUAGUCCAUGGACUUUUUAGUAUUUAAACCAAUUCAGUACAGCCCCCUUAAGAUGAAAAUUUUGAACUAAGAGGCAAAGUGAAUUGCCUAAGGUCCUAUAUAGUUAAUGGCAAAAUCAGACUCAUCACUCUUUAGUAAUGAAUGUUUUAUAAGUAUUAGCCCACAAAGGCUAGAGGGGGAAAAGUAAAAAAAAAAAAAAAAAAAAAAGGACCAGUAUGACUGAAUAGGUAGAGAAUGGGGGGAAGUCAGUAAUAAAGUAUAUGAAGACUGAAAAAGUCAAUUAUUGGACCAAUAAACAGUAAGCUUCUUAGUGCCAGGCAAUCAACUAAAUUCUAGAAGUUCAAAAGUAGGCAAAAGACAGCCCUUGCCUUCAACGAACUCACAAUCUAAUGAUAGAGACAAGCAAUACAUGUACUUAUGAGCUAUAUACAGGAUACAGGAUAAACAGGGAGUGAGGGAAGGUACUAGAAUUAAAAGGAAUUGGGAAGGACUAGAGGGAAGCUGACCCAUCAAUCAGGUAUUGUAAUAGUACAAGCAUGAAGUGGUGGGGAUCAGCACUAGGAUAAGCGGAAGUGUAAGGGGAGAGAAGGGGACAUAUUGUUGCAAAGUGAUUGCAAAAAACAAAAAACAAAAACAAAAACAAACAAAAAAAAAAAAAAACUACAAGCCUUGGCCACUUUGUGGGGUAAAAAGAGCCACUUUGUGAAAAGCUUUAAAAUCCAAAGGGAGUUUUCUUUUGAAUUUGGGAAGCCGCUAGAGCUUACUGAGCAGGGAAGGUAUGUGAUGUGGUCAGACAUUUUGACAGGAUGGAGAAUGAACCCGGGAGGUGAGAGGCUUGACUCGCGGAGACCAAACUAGCCAUUCUAAUAGUCUGAGGACGAGAUGAAGAGGACUGCAGGAGAUUGGUAACUGUGGGUGGAGGAAAGGCGUCAGAGUUAAGAAAUGAUACAAAGGUAGAAAGACAAGAGUUAGCAGCUGAUUGGCUAUUCGGGGUCCGGGAUGACACUGGGUUGAGGACUUGGGAGUCUGCAGUGAUUGCGGUACUUGGAUGGCGAUAGGGACAUUGUACUAUGUGCCAGGCACUUCGAUAAACAAACGCAAGGAGAAAAAAUAGCCCUGUCCUCGAGUAGCUUACAUUCUAAAGAAGCAAAGCAAGCUUACAAAAGGAAACUGAAAGGGAGAAGAAGGGGUCAAGGUACCUGCUUGGGGACAUAAAAGUCAGAGAUGUUGCAGCCUAGAAAGGAAUGAACGAAAGGAGAGGGUGUGGGCGGUAAAAUAGUUGUGUUUUGGAUAUGCUGAGUUCGACAUACUUAAGGCUCAUCCAGUCCAGCUCCAUUUAUUGGACAACGAAGCAGAAGGGCCGUAUUCCGAGGAUGGAGGAGGGGAAGUUUUCCAGAAAUGUCUUCUUCCCCCUCCCCCAACUGCAUCCCUGGGCUCCCGAGAGACGAAACCUCGAGCUCAGAAGCGCAGGAAGGACUGGAGGGCGGGGCCUCCCAGGAGCCGCGACCUCGUUUCCAUGACAACAUCCCUAGCGACCUCAAACUGAGAAAGAUUGAGCAUGGCGGCUCACUCCGGGUACAAGUCCAAUUUCACCUUCAGGUUCCUUCCUCAGAGAGCCUUCCAGUCGCUCACCUCCCCCGAGACGGUCCAGCGCCUGCGGAAGUGGUCCAUGCAGGGAAGAAUCUGCGCGCAGGCGUUCGGUUUUGACGAGAAUUUCCAGUCCUAUUACAAAGAUGAUUUCUUAAUGGCUUUUUUUAGAGAUCCAAAUGUUAUUUCAGAUUUGAAAUUACUUUCAGAUUCUUCUGGACGAUGGAUUAACUUAGGAACAGAAGUAAAAAAAGUUGAAGCCAUAAAUAUUCCUUGCACACAAAUUUCAAUGUCAUUUUUUGACCGAUUAUAUUCUGAAGAAAUUGUUCGAGAGAGUGGACAUAUUGUUAAGUGUUUGGAUAAUUUUUGUGAUCCUUUUCUUGUUUCUGAUGAAUUAAGAAAAGUUUUACUAAUGGAAGACUCAGAAAAAUACGAAAUUUUCAGCCAAUUAGAUCGUCAAGAGUUCCUUUUUUGUAUUUUUAAACAUCUUUGCCUUGGUGGACUUCUUUGUCAAUAUGAAGAUAUUCUUGACCCGUAUCUAGAAACAACAAAAGCUAUUUAUAAGGAUCUUGUCAGUGUUAUAAAGGACCCUCAGACCAAGACUAUACGUGUUACUUCUAUUGUCUUUAAGGUUACAGCAUAUGAGAAUGACUGUAAAGGAGACAACAAAAAUACUAAUGGGCAGUGACUGCCAAGACAAGUAGGAUGAAAAUGGUACGUGUUACCCUUCAACAAAAAGUCAUGAACAAUCGUUUGCUUACUUAAUUGUGGAUCCUUUAAAACGUCACAUU